AUGAAGAGACAGUUGCGCAAAAGGCUUGAGCAGUGCAUGACCACAGCAGAAUGGUAUCAGCAACGGCCAAAAUUUUUACCGCACACAUACAUCGCAGAGUUGAUCACAGCCCCUACCAUCACGGGGUGCGCUCCAGGGAUUCCGAUUGAGCUGGUGGACUUCGUCUUCCAGGAAGCAAAACGGGUGUUUGCUAUUUUGAUACAUAGCAAAUGCCAAGAGGGCGAUCUCCAGGACGCCCUGCAGCUCUGCAAGGACUACGGAUUGACAGACGACGUCCUCCCCAUACCCGAGAUUAGUAAAAUAUGCUUUCACGAUGACAGCAUUGGCAAAGCAAAGGUCCACCGAGAAUGUGAGCACAAACCGCAUCUCAACAUCUUCCACGAGGAUGAUUGGGGCUCUGAGGCAUGGGAAUCUUUUUACAGAGGGCAGUGGCACUUCUUGGCGCCGGUGUUCGAAUUUGAUCUGUUCGAAUACGACUUCCCGCAAGGCACAAUUCUGCCGAUUGUAAAACCUGGCGAUGCGGCGGUAGCUAUUGGAGAUGAAUACCUUCUUAUCUCGAGAUGGGCUGACGGUGGUGACCUUCACAAACUUUGGAAGACGCAUCCGAAUGUGAGACCCGAUGCGCGAUUGAUCAGGAACAUCUUGAUCCAAUUCAGAGGUUUAGCCGACGCCCUAAAAUCGGUGCAUGGACGGACGAGAACGCUGUAUCCAGAUACGAAUGGUGAUGAACAAGAGUUUGGAGAUCCCUCUAAUACCUCAAUCCCGCACAUUGUGGCUCCUGACGAUGGGGAUCAUUCUAACUGGCGUCAUGGAGACCUCAAACCAGCGAACAUCUUCAUUUCGCUGGAUGGAUCUACCUGGCCGGGAAUCUUGAAGAUAGGUGAUCUAGGUCUGGCCAAAAGGCACCCUGUGGCAACCGCUCGAAGAAGCACGCCAUCUACUACUGAGUUCGGCACGCAAGCAUAUGAGCCACCUGAAGCGGUGACUGGUCAGAACAAACCACGCUCGCGGCUGUAUGACAUCUGGUCCUUUGGUUGCGUCUUGAUGGAGACGAUUGUGUGGCUGUUGUACGGCUACGAUGGACUGCACGAACUCUGGAAAACCGAGACAAGAGUUUAUCAGGGGACGCUUUAUUACACUCUCCUUGGAAACAAUAUCUUUCUCUCGGCAGAGGUCAAUCGCUCGAUGAGCCAGGUGAUGAACGAUAUCCUGACCUUCGACCCAGAGUGCAAUAGUGACCAAGGUAGCAUCAUUCGGGAGCUCGUCCUUCUGGUCAGAGACAAGCUCUUGGUUGUGGCUCUACCUGAUACGCAGGAGGCGAUCGCUUCUGGCAAAGCGCGAAUAGACGCCGGAAUGCUUGUCCAGGAGCUCACGCUUUUAGUAGAAAAGUCGCAGAGGCCUGAGCAAAGUCGAUAUUUAUGGACAGGUCGCGAACGCACAGGCAAAUUCCGGUCUGUCGUCAAGUCCAGGGAUGCUGCCCAACAACACCUGUUGGCUCCAUCCGCUAUGGGCGUAGGCAUUGGGGCUGUACCAAGGCAAACCCAACAAGUGGAAUCAGGGCCGUACCGACCGAUGGAUGAAGAGGGCGUGGAUCUUACAAAAUUGUCAAUACAUGAUCAACAUCGCUUGAAGGAAUACAAACACGAACCUUUGGAUCCGCGGGAUUGGACUUUCGCACUGGACAAUAGCUUCGCUGCGCAAGCCGUCGAAUCUAUCAAAUCUCUGUCAGGCUUCUCCUCCGCAGCGCCAAAGUCACGGCUCCACAGAAAGGGAACCAGAUUCGUCUUGCAAGUAGAUGGCGAAAUCAGGCGAGCUUUGUCAAUCUUCCAAAUAGCAAGUCUCAAAGAUGACGAAGCGGCUAUUUACCAUGGCGACAUCCAAAUAUCCGUCCCACAGCUCGUUAGUGUAGGGACUCCUGCUCACGCUGGUCUUCUGCGGGAGUGGCUACGAGACUGCGAUGAAAAUCACAAGGACUGCUGCUGCCCAGCGACUGAAAGCCAGUUACACUUGCCCACCAGGCUAAUCGAAAUUGGAACAAAAUCAGCUCCUUGCGUACGACUUAUAGAAUCUGUCGAGCUUCGGCAGGAAUGCAAGCAGAGCCUCAAAUUCGCUGCUUUAUCGUACCCCUGGGGAGACAGAACAGCACACCAGCAUUUUUGCACAACAAUCCCAAACUAUGAGCUACACAAGCACAAGAUCUCAAUCGACGAACUCCCAGCUCUACUCCAGCAGGCGAUUCAAGUGACUCGGGACAUCGGGCUAGAUUACUUAUGGGUCGACGCCUUAUGCAUCAUACAAGGUCCAGCUGGAGACUUCAACGAGGAAGCCGAACGUAUGGAACAAGUUUUCAGUGCCGCUUACUGUGUCAUAGCUGCAAGCCGCGCGAAGGGCGUCUCCGAUGGCUUCCUUGGAGAACGCACGCAGCGGGGGACAGUCCUGAUGCCCAAUCAGUCCACAUUUCUGUGCGAGGACAUUGACGACUUUCAACACGACGUCAUUGAAGGACACCUCAACCAACGCGGGUGGGUGCUGCAAGAGCGCGCGCUUGCUCGACGGACCAUCUACUUCGCAGAAAGACAGACAUACUGGGAGUGUGGUAAAGGUGUCCGAUGCGAGACAUUUUCAAAGAUGACCAACAAGCAAGCAUCAUUCCUGGGCGACUCUGACUUUCCACGAAUGGCGGAGAAGGACACCAAAGGCGGCCAUAUCGUACUUUUCGAAUCACUUUACGAGCAAUACUGCCGAUUGCGUUUCACGAACGACCAUGACAAGCCGAUAGCCAUCGCUGGGUUGGAGCGGCGAUUAUGCCGCGCAUUUGAUACCGGUGGGGGCUUCGGUCUCUUCAACAUAUAUCUGGAACGCAGUCUGCUAUGGCAGCGAGACAUCACUGACACUCCAAGCCUGAUGAAGAUCGAGAUGCCUCCUGGACGAGAGUACGUGCCCUCGUGGUCUUGGAUGGCUUAUCAAGGCAGUAUCAAGUUCUUGAACCUCCCAUUCGACGGAAUCGAAUGGACCAAGACUGAGUACCGCUCGCCUUGGGCUAUGACCCUAUCAAACCCAGUACGAAACUCAAGGUCUGUUCGAGACCGGUCGACUUCAGCCCUUCACGUCAUUGCCAGAAAUUUCGACAUGGACCCUCAGGAGCAGACGAAGACGCAGUCCGGAAUCGUCUGGGAUGGCGGAAACGUCUUGAACGGGCCCUUGAAGUGUGUGAUUAUUGGCAAACUUCGAUCAGAAGCAAGGCUGCCGACACAGAUGCACUAUGUUCUUAUCUUGAAACAAAUUGAUCAGCUGGAGACAUUCGAGAGAGUGGGCGUUGGAUGCUUGAUGAAGGACAAGAUACAUCUCGGAGGAACUCCAACGUGGAGUUGGGUACGAUGA